UGGACCUGGGAGGUGCACAGCCCCUAGUUAUAAGCUGUGGGAGUGGGAGUGCACUGCACUUACCUCUCAGCCAAGCCGACUAGAAUAGCCUGCCUGCCUGUACUGCCUACCUGCCUGCAUGUACUGCUUGUCUCUCUACUCUCGCUCGCUCUCUCUCUCUCUCUCCUUCCCUCCUACUUUCCACCCCGGAGUGUGAGAGCGCUGAGAUUCAGAAGGUGCGCCUCAGAUCCACUUUUAGUCAGCCUGAAGACGGCAUAGACGUUUUCCCCUCCUUUCUCGCUCUCACUCUGUCCCUUUCUCAGAGUCUCUCUCUCUCACUCGCUCAUUUUCUGCAGAAGCACAUGGACUAAAUUUCCUCCAGAGAGACAGAGAAAGAACCAAAAGAAAAAUACAAUUUGUUCCACCUGCAGUUGGUGAAAAUAUUCAUUUUUUUUCUGUUGUUGUUGUAGUCCCCCCUCCCUUCCUCUGCACAUGUAAACUAACUCAGCUUUAAAACCAGAGGCAUUUCUACGUUUUUAUUUAUUUUUGAUUCCUUUUUGUUGUUGUUGAUAUUGACUGAUCUGAUACCAUCCCAAUUUCUCCGGGAGACAUGCGUGGCUGAAGGAGGAGAGGAGCCAGAGGACCCACCUGAAAUUACCACCUCACUGACACCCACACACAUCACAUUCCUCCAUCUAACCUUCAACGCUCGGUGGAGAGAAACGCAAGUUGUUAGUGGCUGAGCCUGGAGCCUAGGAGCCUAAUGACCAUGCUGUUGGCUCCUGUCUGUGUGCUUCUGCUGCUGGGAGGCCGUGUCCUUGGGGGAGGCUACCCCCCCAUGCCCCAGAUGAAGUACAUGCAGCCCAUGAUGAAGGGCCCCGUGGGACCCCCCUUCCGAGAGGGCAAGGGACAGUACCUCGACAUGCCACCCAUGAUGGACGUAAAGGGCGAGCCAGGGCCACAAGGCAAACCUGGACCCAGAGGCCCAUCUGGUCCAUCAGGACUUCCGGGAAAACCAGGACUGGGAAAACCAGGUUUCAAUGGCCAGCCUGGCCCUCAAGGGCCUCCAGGCUUUCCCGGCAUUGGGAAGCCCGGACUUCCAGGUCUCCCAGGAAAGGGGGGCAUAAAGGGGAUGCCGGGGAAUAAUGGUGAGGUUGGGCUCAGGGGUGAACCAGGUCCCAGAGGACUUCCAGGUCAACCAGGUCUCCCCGGGCCAGCUGGCCUGUCUCUGAAUGGCAAACCGGGGCUUCCCGGCGGCAGGGGCCAACCUGGGUCUCGUGGAGAACCAGGACAGAAAGGUGGACCUGGAAAUCCCGGGGAGCGUGGAAUCAAUGGGGAGAAUGGCAAUGGGAAGCCAGGGAUACCAGGACCCAGGGGCCCCAUCGGGCUUAGGGGCCUACCAGGGCCAGCUGGUAACCCGGGUGUGGGCAAACCAGGACUGAACGGGCUUCUUGGUCCAUCUGGGCCUAAAGGGGAUCAGGGGCUCCCAGGAGGAAUAGGAGAGCCAGGUGAGGCCGGCAAUCCAGGGCUGCAAGGCCAGCCAGGACCCAUUGGAUUGGGCAAGCCUGGUAAUGAUGGAUUGCCUGGAGGACAAGGUCCACUUGGGCCUAAAGGUGAGCUAGGUCUGAGGGGUUCUCCAGGGUUUCCUGGAACUCCUGGCUAUGGCAAGCCUGGUCUUUCUGGGCUGAAAGGAGACACAGGCCUUUCCGGGGGACCAGGGGUACCUGGGGAUAAGGGUGAGCAUGGGAUUGAAGGGCAGCCAGGAGACAUGGGUCCAGAUGGACACCCAGGACCACCAGGAUUACAGGGCCCCAUGGGGCUCCCAGGAAAACACGGCAUGCCCGGCCUGAAGGGAGAGUUGGGUCCCCAGGGUCGUCCAGGUCUGCCAGGGUUCAGAGGGGAUCAGGGUCCCGGUGGUCUGUCUGGAAAACCUGGCAUUCCUGGAGACAAAGGCCCGCCGGGUCCUAAUGGGGCUAUUGGAAAACCAGGGCCCAAAGGUGAGGCAGGGCAUAUAGGACUGCCAGGAAACCCAGGUCUUUUAGGCAAUCCUGGACCAAAAGGGGAGUUUGGGUUUGUUGGGUCUCCAGGACCAAGAGGCCAGUCUGGUAUCCCUGGUCUUCAGGGGCCUUCAGGGCCAAUGGGGCCACAGGGUAUCCCAGGUCUGAAGGGCGAAUCUGGGCUGCCUGGUCUUCCAGGGCUGGGCAUGCUUGGAGAAAAGGGAGUUCCUGGUCCUCAAGGUCCCCAAGGAAAACCAGGCAACUCUGGGCUUAACGGCAACCCAGGCCCACCUGGGCCACCCGGGCCCCCUGGCCCUGCAGGAAAUGGCCAAACCAUCGUGGCUGGGCCAACGGAUUCAGAGUUGGGCGGAGGCGAGGUACCAAACGGGAGGAACCCAAAACCACAGUUUGGCCGUGCAGAGCUCUCUGCCUCCCUGGCACCAGCAUUUACUGCCAUCCUCACCACACCCUUCCCUCCCUCCGGGAUGCCCAUCAAGUUCGACAGGACCCUUUACAACGGGCAGAAUGCCUACAACCCUGCCACCGGUAUCUUCACCAGCCCCAUGUCUGGCGUCUACUACUUUGCCUACCACAUGCACGUAAAGGGACUCAAUCUGUGGGUGGCGCUGUACAAAAACAAUGUUCCCGCCACAUACACCUACGACGAGUACAAGAAGGGCUACAUGGACCAGGCGUCUGGUAGCGCCGUCCUUGAGCUGAAGGAGAACGACCAGGUGUGGAUGCAGAUGCCCUCGGACCAGGCUAACGGGCUCUACUCCACCGAAUACAUCCACUCGUCCUUCUCAGGGUUCCUGCUCUGUCCCACAUAACGCCUUGCUAGUCAACUAUCUCCUAGGGUAACCCCUAGUGUCCCUAUAUAAUAACACCUGCAGCCAUAACAGAAUAACACCACCUGUAUAAUGUUAUCAUCAACAACGACAGGAAAGACUUUGUGAACGAAAGACAGAAAGAAUGAAAUAACAGGAGAAGGAUACUUCAUGCUGUGCUCUGUGUUUUUAUCUCUUUCUUUCAAAUGUCCGUUUUUUGGUUCUUUUUUUGUUGUUGCUUAUAUUAUUAUAAUUAUUGUUAUUGUCAUAAUUGUAUUAUUUUUAUUUUGCCGUUGGCGUCAAUAUUGCUGUUGUUUAUUGGAUUCAGACUUUUAAGUGCCUUACAUUGUAAUGCGUAAGUAACAGUUAUUAGACCUACCCAUGUGACUGCAUAUCCUACUCAAAUGCUCUGAUCAGUAGGAUGACAUCGUCUGACCCUGGGGCUCCGAUUGGUUCCCCUGGCUGCAGUCACUUCCUGCACAAAAACCUCCCAUUUCCUCCCGUGUGCGUGUCCUCCAUUUUAUGUCAAGAGCUUGCUUAUUUAAAUAAAUAUUUCACAUGAAGAUGUACCAUUACACAUACAGUAUGAACAGUGUAUUCAAUGAACAAAAUGUUCACAUUUAAAAAAAAAUGUAGAGACCUGCUAUAGGGAUCGAUGGAUCGUUGUUUAUCAGUAAGCUCUGAUGUUUUGACGGUCAACUUCCAGUUGUCUGUUGGGUGAUCAUUUCCUGGCUCUAUAAGAGGCUUGUGCUGAACGGAUUGGUGCUGACAAUAGAAGCUGAUGGUUUUGGAUUGUGGCUAUUACUUGAUCAAAAAUAAGUAAUUGGAGUAUCCAACUGAUUCACACAAAUCUCUCUUUGACAAAGCAUCAAUAUACAAACCAGUAACCUAAAGAAUUAUAAAUAUAUAGGACACAUUAAAUAGACAACUGAAUAAAUCUAUAAAUAAAUGUGUAUGUUAAUCAUUAUAUUAAUAAAUAAAUAUGUGUCAGCUAAUGGACAGAAAGAAUAGGCCAAAUGCAUUAGGAUCAAUGCCAUGUUUCCCUGCAUCGAUCCAUCCUGUGGCUAUUCCCAUUAAUCACGUGCACUGCAGAUCCCUUUAUUACAUUCUCUAUGCCACACAUACAUUAUACCAUUGACAUCACUGCUUUUUGUGUCCAGUAACGCCAAGGCUGUGACCGAGCAAUCAAUGCCCUGGGGCCUUUCACAUUAACAUUUAGAGUGAAUAUUCUGAGCGAAAGCUCAUGUGAAAAGCCUCAUUCCGUCUACAAACUACAAAUCUUUCAGCAUUUCGCAGAUCGACAACUGGCUAGAGGCCAUCCAACCUGUUUCUACAGAAUAACCCUUUGAAGGUUCAGAUCCAACCAAAUGGGUGCAUAGGGUGCAGUUCAAAUGAUCUCCUACAUCUUACACAGCCCUCCCAGUAUAUGGUGCUAUGGUGUUGAACUCAUUGUGUUUAUACGCGUACAGUAACAAUUUCCAAUCCACCGUAACCCUCACCAUAACAAAGGUUAACCAUUCAUUUUCCAUCUUUAGUUACUGUACAUCGCCAAUCAAAAUGGUUUACCCAUUGCUCAGUUUGAUGGAACAUCUGAUAUUGCCACAGGAUAUUCUUAGCCGAUGUCUUCUGACAGAAUAUGAAAGAGGGUGCACUUUCCGAAAUCAGAAUGCAUGGAUCUCCAAAUGAAUAAGUAAAGGGAGAGAGAGAGAGAGAGAGAGGCCCGGUGGUUGUGAAAUCCUGAUUGCAUAACAGUUAACAUGGCUCUGCUAUUCUGGGAGAAACGGUGGGACAAAGGUGAGAAUUGUGUUUGCCAUGUGAGUUUUACUGGUGCUGUGUGGAAUGAGGCUGUGGGGUGCGACUGAUACAGCCAGAAACACUCACACGGUGGGUGUAUCUCUUCUCACUGUGUGUAUGUGUCUGUCUGUUUUACACACACACUCUCAACUCGCAUCCGUUAAAACUUCACCUGGGUGAAUUAUGAACUUCAGAGACCAUGGACCAUGGACAGUGUUUUCUGAGUCAUUUGGGAGGAUGCACUUCUAGUCAAUAUUCCACCAGUUUGAAUUUAAGAUUUGAUCCGGUUCAAAUAGGACGUGUGUGUCUUCAUGGCGAUUAAGUAAAUGGCCCUAAUAGCUUGGGAAAUGUCACAACAGAAGAGAGGAAUUCUGUUUGGUACAAUUAGUGGGCUACAUACCCACUGGCCACAGAUGUCAGUUCAACAUCUAGUUUUGAUUUACAUUUGGUUGAGUUGUCAACUAACUUUAAUUCAAAGUGAAACAAUGUUGAUUCAACCAGUUUUUGCCCAGUCAUGCAAAGAUGAGAAACGUACAAUAGAGAUGGGGGAAAUGUAUGCAAAGUAAAAACGAUUAUAUUGUUGGAAAAAACAUGCUAGACUUUUAAAACAAGGGGUUAUUGACUAACACUGGGCAGGUUACAAAUCAUGAAGGUAUUUUUGUGCAUUAAUUCUGUGAAUUUGGUCGGCAAACUGAUAGUAGACAUGGGAGAAUCUGGGAUGGAAUGAACAGGACAAUAUCUAUCUUAAAGUCCUUCAUCUUCCAGAAACCUUGGGCUCAAGGUUAUAUCAUACAGUAUAUCACACUUCCUUAUUGUAAAUUCAAUGUAGGGAUAUCAUAUUGUAUGUUUCAAGAUUUAGAGAUAUUAAACACUUUUAUAAAUGGUGGGAAUACAAAGUUUAGACUACUCUGAUGAUAUUCAUGGUGAAAUUAGCAGAAUGUUUAGUAGCACCCAUCUCUUUUCCUUUGUCUAGAUUUUGAGAUCUGCAACAGUACAACUUUUUAUCUAGUAUUAAUUUGAACUUAUCAACACGAAUUGGAGUAUUUAGAGUACUAAAUAGGUAGAAAACACUUAACAGAAAAAGGCUAUGUCAAUAACUACAUUUGGACAAAAAUGCAGAUAGAAGCUCUCAAAUACCCAAGAGUUCACCCUUUAUUCAGACUAGAACCUGAGGCCAAUAUUAAAUCAAAAUGGGUAUGCAGCCCCCCCCCCCAAAAAAAUACAAAAAAAUAACAUCAUGCAUGUGGGAUUAUCGCUACAAUUUUCUGCAUAUUAGACUAAUCAAAACAUACUGUAUUGCUGUGCCUGAAUAAUUGUUCUAGACAUCCUGGAGAAAUGGUCAUCGGUUUUGACUGAGUAGAACCUUGAGUCUCACAAUCAGUAUUUUAAAUGUAUGUAGGUCUUAAUGGAGGCACUUUCACUGGUCUGUCUGUGGCCCCUUUUCUCUCAUCAUUAUCUGAACAUACCUAAAGCAAAGUCUAUGUGUCAUUAUUGUUGUGUGAGUCUACCAGACAAUUUAAGGCUUGUUUUGGUUAUGUACUGUAUGUUGCCUUUUUAUUGCCUCAUUCUUUCAGACAUUUGGAAUGCUGUUUUGGAGUGGAGUGGCUAGACUAUAACUCUCCUUUUUUAUAUUCUUUGUCAUAGACAAUGUCACUUGGUUGCAGAGUUUGCAGUGCGUGUGCAAAAACAUUUUUCUCCCAAUGUACUGCCUUGAUUACAAACUGACUUGUUUUCUAUUCAAUGAUAAAAAAAUAAAAAAUAAAAAAAUAGUUUCUACUUUAAUAAGCCUUGCUUCGGUUUUAAGGGAUAUUUGUUUGUGAUAGUUUGGAGAUAGAUACAAACGGUCAUUCCCAUUUGCACAUGACAUUAAUGAAGAUGUAUUUAUACAUUUGUUAUAAUUUAACAGGAAGGCCAAAACCGACCACCGAAGCAUGGUAGAAAUGGUAUGUAACAGCAUUGAAUGAGUUAAGAGCAUUUAGAACAUGAAGUCAGCAUUCUAGCAUUGUUCGUGAAGGAUUUUUUUUGUGAUUUUUGUUCAUUUGUUGUGUAAUGUACAAUGUAUCAACCUAUAGGAUUAUUUGUCUUGUACAUGGCUAUUGUGUGCACUCUAUGCAAUAGAACUUGGGUAUAAAAUGCACUCUUUUAGCUAGAUUUUUUUUGGUCUGCUUAUACAAAAUGUACAGUACUUGAUUGUAUUGAUACCACAUCAAUAAAUACUUUCUUGUA